GUUUCUUCUUGGUACUAAAAUAAUAAUAUUAUCUUUGGGUUUAGAAAAAAAGCAACAAAGUCAAGAUUGUCUUCUUUCUAUUACAUAAGCUCUUUUGUCCCGAAAUGCUUAUCAAACAAAGAUCCUCUGAAACAAGUAGAAAGAAACAAUGGAGAAGCCAAAGUUCAAGACUGUCCAGGAGGUGAUCGAAGCCGGCGAAGGACUACCGGAAAAAUAUCUCCACACACCCACCGGCGACGGCGAAGGUCAACAACCACUUAAUGCUUCGGUGUCGGUGAUGGAUAUUCCGGCCAUCGAUCUCAGUCUUCUCCUCUCUACUUCUGAGGACGGCCGAGAAGAGCUAAGUAAGCUUCACUCGGCGCUCUCUACAUGGGGCGUUGUUCAGGUGAUGAAUCAUGGAAUCACAGAAGCGUUUCUUGACAAGAUUUACGAGCUAACGAAGCAGUUCUUUGCGCUUCCGACCGAAGAGAAACAAAAGUGCGCGAGAGAGGUUGGUAGCGUCCAAGGAUAUGGAAACGACAUGAUUCUGUCGGAUGAUCAAGUUCUUGAUUGGAUCGACCGUUUGUAUCUCACUACUUGCCCUGAAGAUCAACGAAAAAUCCAAUUCUGGCCUGAAACCCCAAUUGGAUUCAGGGAAACUUUACAUGAAUACACAAUGAAGCAACAGCUAGUGAUUGAGAAAUUCUUUAAGGCCAUGGCUAGAUCGUUGGAAUUAGAAGAGAAUUGCUUUCUAGAGAUGUAUGGAGAAAACGCUAUAUUGGAUACAAGAUUUAACUUGUAUCCUCCGUGUCCAAGACCAGACAAGGUAAUUGGAGUUAAACCACACGCUGAUGGCUCGGCUUUCACUCUUCUCUUACCGGACAAAGAUGUGGAAGGGCUUCAGUUCCUGAAAGAUGGGAAGUGGUACAAAGCUCCAAUCGUCCCUGAUGCAAUUCUGAUCAAUGUUGGAGAUCAGAUCGAGAUAAUGAGCAAUGGGAUAUACAAGAGUCCGGUUCAUAGAGUGGUGACAAACAGAGAAAAGGAAAGGAUAUCUGUGGCAACGUUUUGCAUUCCGGGUCCAGACAAAGAGAUUCAACCUGCAGAGGGGCUUGUGUCUGAGGCAAGACCAAGGUUGUAUAAAACAGUUAAGAAGUAUGUGGAGCUCUACUUCGACUACUAUCAACAGGGUCGAAGACCGAUCGAAGCUGCUUUGAUCUGAAAAUACUUUUUUCAAGUCUCAUUUUUGGUUUCAGAAAUGAAUCUGUUUUUUUUUUUACUUGAUCAUUAAAGAGAAUACCGUUGCUUUGUUUGUUUAAAUGUGAGGCUGUAUUGUGUUUGUGUGUGUUACUCUUGAGAAUAUCAUAUUUUGGGUCUAAAGCUCAUCUUUCACAAAAAACAAUUUUAACUUUUUUUUCUUCAUUUUUUGUCAUUCUACCAAAUUAAUAGUAUGUAAAAGAAUAAACUGGUUAA